UCAUUUUUUUAUUUUGCUAGCAGAGAAAGAACCAACUUUACUUAUGCAAUGGUGAUGAACUGAACCAUUUCGAAACCCCAAUUCAUAUUAAAAAUCUAAGCACAUCAACACAUAGACGAAGAUGAAGAUGGAUUGAUUGAUUGACCCAUCAAUUUCCGAUCACCGUUACUGAAAUCUGACCAAUUUCUGGGAAUCAAAUGGGUCAGCAGGGUUUAGUAACCGACGCCGAUUACCGUUGGUCGAGUUCUCUGGCGAGCAAUAAGUCUCCAAUCUUCUAUAGAAUGAUGGGUUCUUCAAUUCUUCAAGACAACAAACUGAGACUCCCGGGGAAGUUUGUCAGGAAGCUUGGGAAUGUUUUUCCUGCUGUUGCUACUCUCACAACUCCUAAUGGUUGUGCUUGGAAAGUCGGAUUAAAGGUAAUUGACGACAAGGUUUGGUUCACUGAAGGUUGGCAUGAAUUCGUAAAACACCAAUCUAUCCGUGUGGGAUAUCUUUUAGUCUUCAUAUACAUGGGGAAUUCAAAUUUCAGUGUGAAUAUAUAUGAUUUGGGUACUGCUGAGAUAAAAUAUCAAUGUAAUAAUUCUGAAGGGCCCAGUGGUGGCAACUGGUGUUCAGUACCAUAUAAGGGAGGAGCAGCAGAUGAUGACUCAGUUGAAAUUUUGAAUUCCCGUAGCCAAACGCCUACAUCUUUGGAAAACAAGGCUUUUUACGAAACUCUGUAUCAACAAAAGCUUGGUAAAAGUUAUGAUCAUCAAGGGAUUAGAGAAGCUGAUAGUAUUAUAGAGUUUCAAGCCAAAAUGAACAGAACUGGAAUUUCCAACUCACAUGGGUCUGUGUCGGAUGAAGCAAGGGGUCACGCUGCUAAGAUGUUUCCAUAUGUUCAAUAUACAGGAGGCAACUUCAAUGGAGCUGAUCUUAAAAACUCCCAUUACAAGGCCAAUGGAGGAAACUUACAUGUAGAUAUUGGAAGGUCAGUAGCCCGAUCCACUCGAGAUAUAGGUAUUCAGUGUAGUAACACUGAGUUUAUGACAACUGCAUAUGAAAACAGAUUGCAUUCGUUGAAUCAAAGACAUGAAAUAACCCGAAAAAGAAAACGAGAAAGCGGACCUUCUAAGCACGGAAGUGAAGUACAAAUUCCUGGCACUGAAACAAGUCGUGGAACUUUCUUGAGGAAGUGGAAAGUAGUAACUCCUGAAGAAAAAGAGAGAGUGCUUAACACAUCAAAAUUGUUUCAGUCUGAAUAUCCUUUCUGCAGGGUUAUCUUGCGACGGUCCUAUGUAUACAAGGGAAUUGGCUUGCAUAUGCCGGCCUCCUUUGCUGAAAAGUAUCUCGGUGGGGUUUCAGGAUUCAUAACACUUCAGGUUUCUAGCGGGGAAAAGUGGCCUGUUCGGUGCAUGUGGAGAGAUGGUUCAGCUAAGUUAAGCAAAGGUUGGCCUGAAUUUGUAUCCACUAACAAGUUGGAGGAGGGUGAUGUUUGUGUCUUUGAGCUGAUCAAGAUGGGGGAGGUUGUGCUUAAAGUUACGAUUUUUCGUGUUGCUGAAGCUGCAGCAGAACCAGUGAACCAACUUCCAAAGGAACAUCUCAGCCGAACCAGCCAGUUUGCCAGUGCUUAUGAUCUGAAUGGCUGAAAUUUGAGCUCUAUAACUUGAUCAUCAAGACUCCAUUGAUGAAUCCUCUAUGUUCUUCAAUCUAGAAAUCAAAAUCAUGGGUUUGAAUCAUUCAAUUCAUCUACAUUGAGUUUGAAUUCGCAAAAAACCAUAUACCUUCAACACAACACCAUGUACCUAUGAGUAUCGGAGCUAUGGGAAAGGGAGAUUAGUGCUUGAUGCUUCAUGGUGAUUGUUGACUCAAUGGAGCUUGAUGGAUCAAGGCUGCUGUGGAGAGAAGAUCAAGCUUUUUUAAGCUUGUGGUGAGCUCAAUUGUAGGGAGCUUGGAUAAGAGUUUGUAAAUCUUUCAAUUAUGCCUUGCAACUGUUUGAUGCAGUGAUAUAUGGUUACUGGGUGUUGGGAUUAUGUUUUUCGUCUUUAAUGGGAUUGUUCUUUCCGUAGGAUUUCUACACGUCAACUUUGGAGUCUCUUGAUUGAUUGCUCUCUAAUUGACUAAAUUGUUAGUUGUGUGUUUAGAACUG